UAUUGUCUUAUUUAUCAUUCAAGUAGGAUCGCUAUCACUCUACGUUGUAUUUAUUUCAAAUAGGCAACCAUUAUUCUAGUGUUUUGUAGACUUAUUGCGAUUCCUUUAGGUUUUAUCAGACAACCUCGAGUGAUAUCAGAAGUGAUUGCUGGUAUCAUUCUAGGCCCUACUGUGAUGGGAAGAAUACCAGGAUUCAAAGAAACGAUCUUUCCUGACCCUUCCCUUCCCUUUCUUAACUUGAUAGCUACAUUAGGACUUGUGUUUUUUCUAUUUCAGGUUGGACUUGAGGUAGAUAUGCAAGUCAUUAAACGAGACUGGCAUAAAAGCCUCGGUAUUGCUGUGGCUGGUAUGGCAUUACCAUUUGGUCUAGGUGCAGCUGUGAGUGUAGGUCUCUAUCAAUUACAGAACGAACCUUCUAUUUCUUUUGGCAGUUUUCUCUUGUUUUUAGGUGUCGCCAUGUCCAUCACAGCAUUUCCUGUCUUGGCUCGUAUUUUAGCAGAACUCAAACUCUUACGGACCAAAGUAGGCGCCAUCACCAUGGCCGCUGGCCUGAUCAAUGAUUGCACAGCAUGGGUGUUGUUGGCUUUAGUGGUUGCCUUGUUGAACUCGUCAGGCGGAAUUGAAGCACUCUAUGUGUUCUUGACAGCCAUUGGGUUCUCCAUGUUUGUGAUAUUUAUCAUAGGUCCUCUGUAUAGAAAAUUGUGCCUGUACACCCAUUCAUUUGAAAACGGACCUUCGCCUCUGUUGAUGACGGUCACUCUGUUGAUUGUGUUGAUCUCUGCUUUUGUCACCAACAUCAUUGGUAUUCAUGCUAUUUUUGGUGGGUUUCUUGCAGGUGUCAUCAUUCCUCACGAACAUGACUUGGCCAUCAAAAUCACAGAAAAAAUUGAAGAUAUGGUCAAUAUUGUGUUUUUACCUUUGUACUUUACUUUGUCUGGACUCAAGACACAGAUUGGCUUGUUAGACACAGGGCCUGUAUGGGGCUAUGUCAUUCUGGUGAUCUUUCUUGCUUGUUUUGGUAAGAUCGUAGGCUGUACAGUAGCAGCAAGACUAUCAGGCAUGACCACCCGAGAAUCAUUCACCGUGGGUUUCUUGAUGAACUGCAAGGGACUGGUGGAACUGAUUGUGCUGAACAUUGGUCAUGAUGCAGGUGUCUUGAACGAUCAAAUCUUUGUGAUUAUGGUGGUCAUGGCAUUGAUUACAACCUUUAUGACGACCCCUAUGGUGAUCUAUCUCUACCCUGAAUGGUAUCAGAAACAAAGAGCAGAAAACGACACAAACCAAGUCGAUCUGUACGACUCUGAAAAGACCAGUGUACAUCACACCACCACCACCACCACCACCACCUUAGGCUUUGAUCCUUAUUGUUUCCUGGCUUUGUUAAAUCGAAUUGAGUCUGUGCCUUCCAUGAUGGCCUUCAUGCAACUCCUAAAGCAUGAUAAACUACCUGCUUCUGUUGACAUGCACGCUCUUCGCCUGUUGGAAUUAACAGAACGUGCCUCGGCUGUCAUGAAAUUCAAAGAUCUACGCGAAACACAACGCCAAGACCCUGUAUUGAACGUAUUGCGUACGUUUGCUACGCUAAUUGGCAUUCAGUCGCUGCAGACACAUGUGGAUUUCUGCCCGCCUUCAGAAUACAUCAAGACCCUAUCCAAUUAUGGUAUUCGUGUCAAUGCAGACAUGAUUUUACUGCCCUGGACACACCAUCAGCAGCAAGAUGCCAUAGAUCACCAUGACAUGGAAUUUGUGCAAGCAGCUUUCCGUAUUCAGCACUGUGAUAUGGGUCUGUUUAUUGAUCGAGGAUUUGGACAUAGACAAGAUGGAGACCUUGACAUGCGACCCCAGAUUGUGGUGGUCUAUCGAGGGGACAGAGACGAUGAAGCAGCCUUGUUAUUUGGACUUCGAUUGCAAGUGUAUCGUCAACUGGACUUGACCGUCUUUUGUGAAGGCACUGGGAAUGAAGUGACCUAUGCUUCUCAUGAUACCAUGCGUUCCUACAUGCAGCAGCCAUCCUUCAGUAGGCUAUUCACAAGCAAGACAGUGUCCAAUGUUGCUUGUCGCCAACUCGCUGAAUUGACAGGACCUAAUAUCGUCAAGACAAUACUCCUGAAUAAGCAUGAUAUGUUGAUUCUAGGUCGAUCUUUUCAAUCAGAAGAUCACCUCCCUUCUUCUCUUGAUGAAGAGAAAGUGCUAGGUUCUUUUGUAUAUACUAUGCUUAAGCAUGUCAAGACGAGUAUGCUUGUCAUUCAAUCUACCCAGUAUCAGGAAUAAUGGAUGUAUCCCCUUUUUGUGUUAUUUUCUCGUGCAUAAUCUAUUUUCAAUCUAUCUAUAUUAAAUUUCCCUUGUACUCAACCUGACAAUUGUUCGGAUUCCAAUGCCAGCCUUUUAAAUGUGUGUAUGGCUCAUCCUUAUUUAUCCUAAAAUGUCUAUGUAGGACACUAAUAAAGAAAAAGGAUAGGAGGUAUGAAUCACAAACAUGUCAAAAUAACAAAGGUUACACGCAAUAUUUCUGUAUAAAUAGUAAGUCGUUGCCUAUCAUCCGCUAAACAAAAAAAAAUUUUUUUUCUCUCUCUCUUUCUUU